AUGUAUCUUCUCUUUGGCACAAAGAAAAUCUUACUGAUCGAUAGUGGUGCAACCGUCGCAUCGACUUCAUUUCCCAUCCGAAAACAUGUUGAAGGUAUCAUUAAUCGUUGGUGUCUGAAUAACAAGAAACAACGUAAAGAUCUCGAGCUAGUCGUUGCUCAUACUCACAAUCAUCUUGAUCAUAUUGCCGGCGAUGGACAAUUUCAAAGUCAACUGUAUACCACUGUUGUAGGUACAAGCGUAGAAGAUAUGAGUUACUUUUUCAAACUGUCAAAAUGGCCAUAUUCGAUUGGCACUUUUGCGCUUGACAAUCAGCGUCAAUUAGCCAUCAUACCUAUACCAGGUCAUGAAAAUGCUUCGAUAGCCUUCUACGAUUGUGCGACUGGAUUAUUGAUUACAGGUGAUUCAUUGCUACCAGGACGUUUAUAUAUCGCAAAUUUUUCGGCUAAUGUAGAUUCGAUUGAACGUCUAUUGUACUUCAUUGAGUCAAAUAAUCUCAAUGUGAGUGCUAUUCUCGGUGCACAUAUUGAAAUGACUCAAACAGAUAAAGUUGAUUAUCCAAUUGGUGCUACCUACCAACCGAAAGAACGUCUACUCAAUUUAUCAUUAGAUCAUUUGCAUCAACUCAAUAAUGAAUUGCAAGAACAAUGGAAAGCAGGUUUCGAUCAACGACAUAAAGCCUAUUAUGAUGCAUUUAUUGUCGAUCCUAAUCCAUCUCAAUUACCUCCAUAUCCGUCCGACGGACGAAUGGCUGAACAUGGAUUCAUAUUAUUACCAUUAAGUACAUUAGGUCUCGUUUGGAUUUCUCACAAACCAAUGUUUCGUACACCACAUGACUUUCAGCUAGUCUUCACGGCAAGAGUGACGUAUUCAAAUUUGAAUCAUCUACUCUUACCAACAAAUACGAGUAUUCUUCAAAACCAAUGGACCAUCUUGCCGGAUUUAUGGUCAUUGAAUAAUUUACUCAAUGGUAAUAUGACAACAUUUUCCGCUCAAUUCUUUAUCGGAAAUUUUGAACAAGGUGGACAAUACUUAUGCAAUAUUACCCUCGAAAUUGUUUGGCCUCCUCUAACUGUUAUUCGAUUGAAUGCAUCCGAAAUUGAACCCUACCGACCGCUACGCUACUCGAGCUACUUUCUUUCGAAUACGAUCGUCAAUAAUCAAACUGUAAUUCAUCUGUACCUUCUACAUCAAAUACAUGUACAACCCGAUUUUGAUACGAUAGCGCAUGCCAUUAUUGACCCACUGGAUUGCACAACGGAUAUUAAACGAGAAAAACUUCUUGAUUUAUUAACAAAAAAUGGAAACGAGUGGGCAUUUCCAGGUCUGGAUAACGAACUAUCGGAUCGGCUAACUGCAUCUUCGGGUGUUGUUCGUGCACAACUUCUAGGCGACAUCUAUUCUACAGUCUGUUCAAUGUUUAUCAUCGAAGAAAUUCAAUGCACUCUAGGUCCGGAUUUUUAUGAUAAUUGCCAUCUAACAUCUCAUUCAGCCUGGACUUCUUCUUUUUCAUUAUUAGCAAUUCUUUCCUUGACUUUGUUGUCAAAAAAACUCUAA